GCCUCCCCGUCUUGCAGGGCCUGGGAUGUGGCAGCUACCUUGGGAAGAGGUGCAGCUUGGAGGUUCAGAGAGCCCCAAAGCAUCUAACCAAUCAUCCCAGGCCAGUUUCUGGGCUCCAGCUUUGCUCCUUCCCCACCCCCACCCCCCACUUGGCUUGGCCACGAAUUUUCUUUCCUUAGGUCUUCCUAUCUAAACCUUCUCCUCCCUUCCCCUCCCCCGCCAAACUCUUUGGAAAUCUUUAAACACUUUCAAGUUUUUCCUGGGCAGUUUGAGGUCGGUUUCAGAGCUAAGUCAGGGCGCUUUAACACCCCAGCUGGGUAGGGUGGAUGGGACAAUAGCCGCUAUCACUUUACCAUUGGAAGUGACCCCCGAAUUUGCACUUCUUUCAUCUUGGGACCCGAGCACUUGAGGGUAGGCGAUUUCCUUGGGGGGAGUGGCUUAAGCUGAUUCUCCCCCGGCCAGUUGGCUGUAGACGGUCCUUGCUCAGUGGGCAAAUCUGAAACCAGUUCUGGAGUGAGAGUGGCUUUCAGCUGGGGACGCUGCCGGCUGGGUGAGUUAAAUGUCCCAAGCUGGAAGGUGGAGAGAGAAGUGGACGCCCCCAGGGCUCUGGGCCACCUUGAGGAUGACACCUCGGGAGCAGCUGAUUCAGCAGGUGCUGCAGGAGCUGCAGGAGGCAGUCGAGUCCGAGGGCCUGGAGGGUCUUGUCGGUGCUGCUCUGGAGGCCAAGCAGGUCCUGUCCUCCUUCACUCUCCCCACCUGCCGGGAGAAAGGCCCCAGCCGCCAGGUGCUGGAGGUGGACUCGGUGGCCCUGAGCCUGUACCCAGAGGAUGCUCCCCGGAACAUGCUGCCGCUGGUGUGCAAGGGCGAGGGCAGCCUGCUGUUCGAGGCGGCCAGCACGCUGCUGUGGGGGGACGCAGGCCUCAGCCUGGAGCUGCGGGCCCGCACCGUGGUGGAGAUGCUGCUGCACAGACACUACUACUUGCAGGGCAUGAUCGACUCCAAGGUGAUGCUGCAGGCCGUGCGCUACUCCCUCUGCUCGGAGGAGUCCCCCGAGAUGACCAGCCUGCCGUCCGCCACGCUGGAGGCCAUCUUCGACGCGGACGUCAAGGCCACCUGCUUCCCGAGCAGCUUCUCCAACGUGUGGCACUUGUACGCCCUCGCCUCCAUCCUUCAGCGCAACAUCUACUCCAUCUAUCCCAUGCGCAACCUCAAGAUCCGGCCCUACUUUAACCGCAUCAUCCGGCCCCGCCGCUGUGACCACAUGCCGGCCACGCUGCACAUCAUGUGGGCCGGCCAGCCCCUCACCAGCCAUCUCUUCCGCCACCAGUACUUUGCCCCUGUGGUGGGACUGGAGGAGGUGGAAGCUGAAGAUGCCACCAGCCUGGCCCUGCCUCCCCUGGCCCCAGCUGCUCUGCCACCAUCAGCCAAGACUCCGGAGCUGUUCAACCAGGAUCCUGGCCGCAGCUACUCUCAGCUCUGUGAACGCUACAGUGUCACGAAGAACACCUUCUACCGCUGGCGGCGACAGUCCCAGGAGCACCAGCAGAAGGUGGCCACCCUCUACUCGGCCAAGCACGUCCUGCAGGAGAGCGUCCGCCGUGGGGGCAUCAUGUCGCUGCAGCAGUUUCUCCAGAGGUUCCCUGAGAUCUCCCGUUCCACUUACUAUGCCUGGAAGAAUGAGCUGCUGGGCACUGGCGCCGGCCAGCCCCUGACCCCCAAGGAGGGGACGGAGGACCUGGAGCAGGUGGAGAAGCUGCCGGAGGAGCAGGUUGCCAAGGGGCUGGGAUGCUCCGUGCUGGCUGAGGCAAGCCCUGCGGUGGUCCUCAUGCAGCGGGCCAAGCUGUACCUGGAGCACUGCAUCUCUCUGAACACACUGGUGCCCUAUCGCUGCUUCAAACGCAGGUUCCCCAGCAUCUCCCGGUCCACCUACUACAACUGGCGCCGGAAGGCCCUUCGGAGGAACCCCAGCUUCAAGCCGGCCCCAGCCCUCUCUGUGGGCCCAGCUCCCCAGCUGGCAUCUGUUGGGGAAGAGGCCCUGCUCCCUGAAAAGAGUGAGGUGGGAGAGAAAGGGACAGGGAAAGCGACAGAUGGGGGACUUCCCGCCCCCCGGCCAUUCGUGCCCCCGAGGAUGCCCCUGUCCCGUUGGCAGAGGCGGCUGCGCAGGGCCGCCCGCAAGCAGGUGCUCAGUGGGCACCUCCCCUUUUGUCGGUUUCGCCUCCGCUACCCCAGUCUGUCCCCCUCCGCCUUUUGGGUCUGGAAGAGUCUUGCCCGGGGCUGGCCUAGAAGCCUCUCCAGACUCCAGAUGCAAGUCCCUGCCUUGGGCAAAGGUGGGGUCCAGGAGUCAGAAGGGAAGCGAGAGAAACAAGCUGGCAAGAAUGUGCUAGUUUCCGUGGCCCCAGCAGCUGGGGCCCCAAAGGUGGCAGCUUCUCCAGGAGAGGAUCCAGAGAAGGCCCAGGGAGGGCCUUCCAGAGAGAAGGUUCUGCAAGAGGGGGCCACGGCCCAGGGAAGGCCCCCCAGUGGAUCCUGGUCCAGCCCCUCUGUGGCCAAAGCAGCGGCAGCGGGCAGUAGGGACAGUCAGGUGCUUAUGAUGGACAUGCUCGCUUCCACCAAGUUCAAGGCUCAGGCCAAGCUGUUUUUGCAGAAGUGCUUCCAAUCCAAGAGCUUUCCUUCCUACAAGGAGUUCAGCGCUCUCUUCCCGUUGACGGCCCGCUCCACCUACUACAUGUGGAAGCGGGCCCUGUACGACGGCCUCACCCUGGUCGAUGGCUGACAGGGCAGUACGGAGGGGCUGGGAGGACGGGGGACCAUUUUGGAGAGGGUCAGGGACCUGCAUUGCCCCCUGGCCAGGCCAGGACGCCCUUUGC